AAACAUAACCACACAUUCAUCGACAAAGCUGUUUCUCAAUUGCUCCCUAUGUAAAAUAAAAUAAACCCAAUAAUGUUAUCAUCUGGUUCAGUAUUUCCAGUAUUUCAUUACACCGAAGGAGAUUUUCAACCAAUUCUUAGAAAGGAUAACGAUAACACAUCGGAGUUUGAUAAAUUAAUCGUACAGAAAUGGCAGGAGGCUGAAAAAAAUAAUGUGCUUCGAUACAAACUCAAUAUGAAUGAUUGCAAACGAAUUGGGGGGAACCACCAAUUUUUAGCGCAGUUGAAUGUCGACCGAGUUCUUAAUCGUCGUCAACCUGAGAAUAUACAAUCCAUGAAUAUGCCAUCAAACCCAGAUCGCUUUAAUUUUACAAAAAUCAGUGAUGAGGAAAUAUUUUUUGACAUUGAUGUUGGAGAUGGCAACAAUAUUAUAGCUGCAAAUGUCAGUCCUAUAGGUUUUGGCCACUGUCUAUUCUUACCACAUAGAUUUGAAUGUCUUCCACAAGUGGCCACUGAAUUGAGCCUCAGAAAAACUAUUGAAUUACUAUUACUAAGCAAUUCUCCAUAUCUACGAGGUGUCUUCAAUAGCUUAUGUGCAAAUGCCUCUGUAAACCAUUUACACUGGCAUCUUUACUAUUUAAAACACGAAAUGUUGCUAGAAUCCAUGGAACUUCUCUCAGUCUCCAACAAACUCUGCAUCAUUGAAAAAAAAAAUUAUCCUGCACCAGGCUUUUGUAUUAAAUGGUCAACUUUUAACAAUAAUGUAAAAUCCUUUGCAAACAUGGCGUUCAAGAUUUUAAAUUACUUACAAAAACAUGAAAUCGCACACAAUGUUUACAUAACACGAGCAAAGAGUUUAUCAUCGAAAAACAUUGAUGGUCUUUAUGAUGAUAUGAGAAUUUACAUUUGGCCACGACAAUCCGUCAGUGGGAUCAAAGAUACAACAGGAAUUCAUACAGCAUCUUGUGAAUUGUUUGGGCAUUUAAACAUACGAAAUGAAGAGUUUUAUCAGCAAUUAACAGAAAUUCAAGUAGAUAAAAUACUAACAGAUACUGUCUCAAAUGUCUUUGACCAAGUUCUCAAGGAUAUUAUUGAUCUAACAAAUGAGUGAAUGGCAUAUAUGUAUGAAAUAACAAAUCACUAUGACAACAAAACAUUUUUCACAAUGUCAGUCUCUGGAUAAAAAUAGAAUUACACAA